GUUUGCUUUCCACAAUACACAUCUUUCAUUUGAUGGAAUUUAUCCUCUUCGAAAAGGAAGAAUUUUCUGUCUCUUCUACAUAUCACAUUUCAUUUGAAAAUUGAGAGACAAUAUCAAAGAAUUGUCAAAGGGGAAAUUUGCUUGUGUUUGUGGCAAAGAUGCAAUUUCGGUUAGAAAUUAAGAGAGGGACAAAACAACAGUGGUGAACACUUUUUUCUGGGACUGUAAUUAUAUAAGAAGGUACACAACACAUUACACAACAAAAGUGGAGUUAAUGGGGGAAGAAAAGAACUAGGAAGAAGAAGAAGAAUAACAACAAGAAACAUUUAAAGCUUAGCCGUUGUUUCUAGUCUAUCUGUGAACAUUGGGAUUCUGAGUCCCAAUUUCACAUUCAUAUAACCCACUCAGUUCAAAAGGUUCAAUGGUUUUUGCUUUGCCUUUUGAGAUAGCUUCAGUGCUACAUAAAGUUCAGAUCUUUCACCGUACUUUGACUUCUUUACAGGUUAGUUUCCUUAAUUGGCCUUAAACUCGAGUGGGUUUCUCGUUGUUUUUGGGUUUGAACUUGUGGGGUAUUAUAAAAAAUUGAGCUUGCAUCUUGUGGUGUCUUAACAAAAAUUAAGGUCUUGUGGCUUUCUUUUCUUUUUCUUUCUUUGUUUGGACCAAAAAUUUGGCUGUGGAUAAAUUGCCUUGGGGCUGGAAGUGUUUGUUAGCUUAGUUGAGUCAUGGUUCUUAAAAGGACUAAUUGAAUUUGUUUAGUGAUCAUGGUCUAGAACAUCAUAAGAGUUUUCUUCUUCCACUGAAUUUGUUUAGUGAUAUUCUCAGCUGAACUUGUGGGUUAUACAUGAUCAAUUAAUAUGCGAGAUACUGAGAAAAAGUUAAAUAAGAGAGGAUUUAGAAAAUCCAGUCACUCAAGGGAACAUACUGAUUCAAAGCUUGAUUUGUCACCGAGAUUCGAAACAAGUAGUAACAAAGGCCAAGGGAAGAAGCAGAAAUUGAAAUCGAAACCUCACAAACUCGUUGUUUGCACAGCCACAUCAAGGGGCACAGCAACUGAUUCUUCUUCCAUCAAGGGGUCAAUCAAAGGUGCUUCAAGUGAAAAAUUGAUUGUUGGACAAAAUAUGCAUUACAAUGAUGGGAAAUCUUUGCAGAUGCUCUCUUCGACAAAGCAACCGGGGGAGAAAAUUUCUUUUUGUCCUAUUGUCGACAGGAACGAUGCUGAUGGGGAAGUGAAUAUUCAAAAAGUUAAGAGAAGGAGAAGGAGGAAAAGGCGAAGGGAUAAUGUGGAUCUUGAUGAUGCUUUGCGCCUGCAGAGGAGAACAAGGUAUCUGUUAAUCAAAAUGAAGGUAGAGCAGAACCUUAUAGAUGCAUACUCUGGAGAAGGCUGGAAAGGUCAAAGUCGAGAAAAGAUUAGACCGGAGAAGGAACUACAAAGAGCAAAGAAGCAGAUUUUAAAAUGUAAACUUGGUAUUCGCGAUGUCAUUUGCCAGUUGGAUGCUCUUAGUUCUGUGGGCAGGAUUGAAGAUUCCGUCAUUGCUCCAGAUGGAUCUGUUUAUCAUGAACAUAUAUUCUGUGCAAAAUGCAAGUUGCCUGAAGCAUUCCCCGAUAAUGACAUUAUACUCUGCGACGGCACAUGCAAUCGUGCUUUUCACCAAAGAUGUCUCGACCCACCGUUGGACACUGAAAAUAUUCCUCCUGGAGACCAAUGCUGGUUUUGCAAGUUUUGUGAAUGUAAGAUGGAAAUACUCGAGGCAACGAAUGCUCAUCUUGGGACCGACUUCUCCUUGGACAGUACAUGGCAGGAUGUAUUCAAGGAAGAAGCUACUGUACCAGAUGAUUGUGCCGCUUUAUUAAAUCCGGAAGAAGAAUGGCCGUCAGAUGAUCCAGAAGAUGAUGAUUAUAACCCGGACAGGAGAGAAAACACUCACAACAUCAAUGCAGAAGGCACUGAUGAAAGUCCAUCUGAUUCAAGCAGCUCUAUCAGUCUUUCGUCCUUAAACGAUGAAUAUUCUCCUGUAGACAAAGCCAUGAGCCUUGAAUAUCUUUCUGUUAAUAGUUGCGUUGAUUCUGAUGGAUAUGGGGAAAUAGUAUGCAGCCGCAGGCAGCGUAAAGCAGUUGACUACAGGAAACUUUAUGAUGAAAUGUUUAAGGAUGCUCCUCCAUGUGAACAAGUGAGUGAAGAUGAAGACUGGGGUCCUGGCAAAAGAAAGCGGAGAGAAAAGGAAUCUGAUGCUGCUAAUACACUUAUGACGCUGCACGAAAGCGAUAAUAAAUUUCCGAAUAAUGAGAACAACGAUACAGUAAGAGAGGGCACACACACACAUAUAAAAAGAUCUUGCUUCAGAAUUCCACAUCAUGCAGUUGAGAAGCUUCGCCAAGUUUUCGCAGACAAUGAACUUCCUCCGAGAUCCGUGAAGGAACACAUUUCAAAAGAGUUGGGAAUCGAUGCUGCAAAGGUUAGCAAGUGGUUUAAAAAUGCUCGUUACUUAGCUCUUAAAACCAGGAAGCAUCAAGUCGAAGGAGGAGAGCUGCCUUUGAGUUUGUUGUGUAAGACCUCGAAGGGUUCCAGUUUACAAAAUGUGGACAAAGAUGAGAUUUUGCAGAAAUCAAAGGCCUCUAAAAUUGCGAUGGUUCAUUCACCGAAUAAUGGUAACGGUAUUACCGAUAGACAGAAAGUGAAGUCAUCUGGCAGUAUUUGGAAAAAAAGGCAACCGGAAAUAUCUCCUGCUAAGACAGCAGAAAAUGGCAACAAGGACUUGGAAGAAGGGAGUGAUGAUGUUGGCUUGAAGAAGCUGCUACAAGAAAAGAAAAGAAAGAUGGAAUUUGUGUUUGGAGGAGACUCUAAGGCAGCAGAGUUGGAAUUUGAAAGACUUAGCAAAUUGAAGGCUAAACUAGAUAGCAUGAAGGUUAAAUUAAUUGAAGUUCAAAACCACAGAGCAAAGGGUGCAAAGGAACCAUGUGUUAUAUAUGUGCCCACAGCUCAGUUAAGGGAAAAAGGUUGAAUAAUUAGUAGAUUAUUUAGUACCAUUUAUUUUAUUUUAUUUUUUUAACAGAAGGUUAUAUAAUAUAUACAAUGUUUUUUGUUGUAUAAUGAAAGUGAAGCAAACCUAAAAGGUGAGCCACUAGGAGUAGUUUAGAUUCAAGCUUCAUUGUCAUAAUGUACCCCAAAGAAAAUGAAAGAAGUGACGCAAACCUGUUGAAGUUGGAUUUGCUUAUACAUAUUGAUAAUUUAACAUUAGCAAUUGCUCAUUGUAAGAA